UAAAAGAUCUCGCUGCAGAAGGUAAAACACAUUUUGUUUCUUGUUCAUGUGCCUCCUGCUUCUCGCCUUCAGGCUUUCUCAACCACCUAAGAGCUGCUAAGGAACUGAUUCAACAGCGCAGUGGGAGUGUGGUGAUGGGAGGUUGAACACAGGGAUGUGAGCCGACCAGUAAAGAUGACCCUUCUGGCGGGCGAUGGCUCCGACUACGACUACAGUGCUCUGAGUUGCGCCUCCGACACCUCCCUCAACGCCCCUCCCCAGCACGAGGAGGAGGCCCAGAAGGGGGUCUUCUACCGGAGGGCCCAGCCCGUCCCCGGGUUCAGCGCGCCCCUGUCCGGGGCCCGUAAUCUCCACGCCAUCAUCAACGUGGGGGGCCUGCGGUACCAGCUGCCAUGGAGCACCUUAGAGGACUUCCCCCUGUCCCGCCUGGGCCGGCUGCGUCUCUGCAGCAGCUUCGACGAGAUCAUGCGUAUCUGUGACGACUAUGACGUCACGCACAACGAGUACUUCUUUGACCGCAGCCCCGGCGCCUUCCGCACCAUCCUGACCUUCCUGCGGGCGGGGAAGCUGCGCUCCCUCAGGGACAUGUGCGCCCUCUCCUUCAGGGAGGAGCUGCUCUACUGGGGGGUCCCAGAGGAGAAGCUGGAGUGGUGCUGCCGCCGCCGGCUGCUGCAGCGCGUGGAGGAGUUAGAAGCCAUGGAGAGGGAAGAGGAAGAGGAGGAACUCCUGGAAGAUCUGCUGGAUUCAGAGAGCGGCCCCAGGGAGCACCCAGAGUCCAGAUGCAGUUGGUGCAUGCGAAAGCUGCGGGACAUGGUGGAGAAGCCACAGUCGGGCCUCCCAGGGAAGAUCUUUGCUUGUUUGUCAGUGCUGUUUGUUACCAUCACUGCCAUCAACCUCUCCAUCAGCACUAUGCCGGCCAUGAGGGAAGAAGAAGAGGCGGGCACGUGUUCCAAGAUGUGCCAGAACAUCUUCAUCGUGGAGACGGUGUGCGUGGCCUGGUUCUCCCUGGAGUUCACCCUGCGCUUCAUUCAAGACCGGAGCAAGCUCACCUUCCUCCGGAAGCCCUUGAACCUGAUCGACGUGGUGGCCAUCCUGCCGUACUACAUCGCUCUCAUGGUGGACAACACCCCCGAGGGGGAGAACCGUCUGAGCUCUGGGAGCAGCUACUUUGACAAAGUGGGCUUGGUGUUGCGUGUUCUCAGGGCCCUGCGCAUCCUGUACGUGAUGCGGUUGGCUCGUCACUCGCUAGGCCUGCAGACUCUGGGCCUGACGGCACGCCGAUGCACGCGGGAGUUUGGACUGCUCCUCCUGUUCCUGUGCGUGGCCAUCGCCUUGUAUUCCCCCUUGGUGUACUUGAUUGAGAACGAAAUGGCCACCUCACAGGAGUUCACGAGUAUCCCCGCUACCUACUGGUGGGCCGUCAUCACCAUGACAACGGUGGGCUACGGGGACAUGGUGCCGAGGAGCAUACCGGGUCAGGUGGUGGCUCUGAGCAGCAUCCUGAGCGGGAUCCUGCUCAUGGCCUUCCCCGUCACCUCCAUCUUCCACACCUUCUCCCGCUCUUACGUGGAGCUGAAGCAGGAGCAGCAGCGGCUGCUGCAGAGGAGGACGCACUUCCUGCUGCGCAGCCGCAUGGCCGGCUUAGGAAGCAACAUCUCCCUGGAGAGCAAUAUGCUUUUCCCCAUAGCUUCAGCUGCAGACACGAGAGACAUGGAUGACUGAGACUGCUGGAGCCAGGGAGAGGAAGAGAGACAAACAUCGAAGGAGGGGACAGAAGAUGUGAAUGUGUAACUGCAACCCCACAUGCUGGGGUUGCAGCUGGGAUUGUGUGUAGUAUAAUGCAAAUUCUCAAGAACAGAAACAGUAAUUCUUCCCGUCAAUGUGUUUUUUUCAUUGUAGAGAUUAUGAGCCCAAGAUAUCAAAUGAGUUGCAGAAAUUGAUUUGGAAAACAAACUGAAUAAAGCUGAUGAGACAAAUUAUGAACUUGCCACAAUUUCCAUACAGU